UCAGUCUUUUCCGGAAAUAUUUCUUGUCAACCAGAGAAGUUGUUUUCCUCGUGAAAAAUUGUAGAUUUUCCCCAAAAAUACAUAAUAAAAUGCAUUAAUUUUACUUCCCAUUGAUCAACAAAAGUCUAAUAAUGCAGAAGACACUAUCAACAAUAUUCAGGGGCCCUGUGUCUCCUUUCCUCCCAAGGGCCAUGUCCGUGUACAAUCCGCACUUUGUGGAGCCAGUGUUCAGGAAAGAUGAUCAGCAAGUACUCAAGGAGACCGGGGAAGCUUCAAAACUCGCCCAUGUACGUAUCAAAGCGGCUAGAAACAACGAAACUUCUUCAGUGUUCUUCGAUGAUCGUGUCCGGAAGUUCACAAACUACAUCAUGAAGGGCGGACAAAAGGAACUGGCUAGGGAACUUCUCACUAAGUGCUUUGAGAACAUCAAGAGAAUUCAAUUGGAGCGAUACAAUCUAGCCACAACUCCGGAAGAGAAGGAGAAAAUUGAGACGAAUCCCGUAAAGAUUUUCCAUGAAGCUGUUGAAAAUUGCCGGCCACUCCUGCAGCUGACGCCCAUCAAGAGAGGUGGCCAGCGGUAUCAAGUACCCGUACCAAUCACAGACAAGCGUUCCUACUUCAUGUCAAUGAAGUGGAUCCUUGAGGCCGCGAGAGAAAAGGAACGGAAAGUUCAUCUUCCGGAGAAGCUAGCAUGGGAACUUCUGGACGCUGCUGCUUACCAAGGACGCGUGAUCAAGAAGAAGCAAGACCUGCAUAAACAGUGUGAGGCCAACAGGGCAUAUGCUCACUACCGAUGGAGUUAAAAUGUCCAGAAGAUUCUUUGUAAAAUAAAUAGAUCUAUUAGAAACUUUCUACAGCAAA